AAAAAAUUCGCUGAGUUCCAACAAGUCCACGUACCCUACAUUGGGAACGACACAAAUAGCAACACGUUCGGUCAUGUCGCUUACAACGCAAAUACGAACAUGUCGCUCAAAACCUUAUGUCAUGUCGAUUACAACUUAAUGAUCGUAUUAGCCCUCAAAGCGCCCUUUCUUCCUCACUGCGAAAUACCCAUCCAAUCUGCAACAACAAUCCGACCAUAUCAUCCCAAAACGAAAACCCAUAUGCUGAGAUCAUCCGAUUUACAUAUUGAAUCAAGAAGAACGAGGAAUCUAUCAACCCUCCACUGAUCAGAUCAUCAACUGCUGAAAUGAACCAGAUUGGAAAUUGCAAAAGUGAUUCCAACCAAAACUACCCACACAUGUCAAGGGCGAUAAUUGAAAUCGAUGAUGGAACCGGAACAAUUGGUGCAAGCAUUUCAACGCCAGAAAUUGAAAAGUUCAUUCAAUUAAACCCCAGUGAAAUCAAAGAUGCGGAAGAAAAUGAACAAAAUGUACAAGAUAUAAUUGCAAAAUCAAUUGGAUCAUUACCGCUUCUAGCAUAUGUAUGAUCAUAUCAGACAUCGAACCAAGAAAACUCUAUCACAAGAUUUGUCAUUGUCAAGGCACAUAGACUCCCAGAACAUCAAAACGAAAACAAACAACGGAUCCAACAAUCAAAUGAAGAUCAAACUUUGUCAACAACAAAACCACGUUUCCUAAACAAACACAGAAGCGAAACCAACAAGACAAUGGGAAAGCAAAAGAGAUAGAAACAUCGACAGUUGGCACAUCAAGACCAACAAAAAAAUGAAAUAGAAAUUGACAAUUAUCAAAUUUGAAUAAAAUUUCUGAACUAUAAUUAUAUUUGAUAGUGCUAAUUCCAUUUGUAUAUUAUAUUGAUCAUUUCCGCAUU